GUUUUGUGCCGAGGAUCGCAUGUACAGUUUUGAAUUCUACCAUCACAUUGGUCCUAAUUGAAUGCUGAAUGUGUUCCCACUUGUCGGGAUAGCCUGGAAGAGACUUUACUGAGCUGAUUAACUGAUUUACCCCCGCGACGAUCGUGCGAGAACACGAAAACAGAUUGCGUAAUACACCCCCGGGAAUCCAUUUUUUGUAACACGCACUUUUGAGUGUGCACCAUGUAAUGAACAGCAAUGUCAUUUUUUAGAGUUUCAUCUAAAGACAUUGGACUACUCGGCGGGGUUGCGGCUGCUUUCGCUGUCGGUUUAUAUGUUUUCUGGGGCCCGCAGUUUCGUGUGACGCACACAAGAAAGAAAAAAGGCAAAUGCCCCGGCUUAGUGAAUCAAGGCAACACAUGUUUUCUCAAUGCUAUCUUACAAAGUUUAGCAUCCUGUCCAUCCUUUGUUAGCUGGUUAGAUGACUAUAUCAAUUCACACUCCAAUGAUGACUGUUCACAGUAUAUGGCAUAUACUUUGAUCCGAAUUAUGAAAGUACUUUGCAAUGACAGUCAGAAUUCUGAUGAUCCAUAUAAUCCUGUUGAAGUGCUAAAUGCAUUGCGUGUUAGAAACUGGGUGAUAUCGUGGGAAGAACAGGAUGCCCAUGAGCUGUUUCAUGUUCUCACAACUACUCUGUCAGAAGAGGCUGAUCAUUUCACAGCUUAUCCAUCGUUGUUGGAUGUCGGCAAACUUGAAGCUACAUGUGGUAUGCAAGACAGGGCUAGAAGCCGCUGUCAGACACAACUUUUAAAAUUACCAGGCAACAAAAUGGAGCAUCCUUUUGGUGGAUCAUUUGCUAGUCAGCUAACAUGCAAGCAAUGUGGAUACAAAUGUCCUAUCAAGUAUGAUAACUUUGACAGUAUAUCGUUGAGUCUGCCUCCCAGAUCAUCUGGCUGCCUCUCGCUUGAGUCCUUACUACAUCGCUUUAUAAUGUCAGAGAUUGUGGAAGACGUGGAGUGCAGUGGGUGUGCCCGUCAACUGGCCAAAUACACAAGACUUGCCACUAAGAAGAAUGGUUUGCGAAAUGACAGGAUUAAACCGAAAGCUACGUUUCUUAAACAGUUGAACAUUGGCAAACUUCCACAGUGUUUAUGUAUCCACAUUAAUAGAAGGAUAUGGUUGUCAAAUGGAAUGCCGAUGAAACGAGAGGAUGUGGUACAAUUUCCGGAAGUUUUAAAUAUGGAUCACUUUCGUUAUUGGCCACAGAUCAAUAACAAGAAAGGUGUAUCACAUUCACCUAUUAAUGAGAAACAUUCGCCAAUUGACACAUCAAUCGGAACACAGUAUUUUUCAAACGGUGCCUUUGAUAUGAUCAAACCACGCUGUGUGAUGAGCGGCCUCCCACGGCUGUACAGAAAUGGUUUCACCCAAUCACUGGUGAGGAAUAAAGUGUCUGAUACGUCCACAGCAAUCAAUGCUGUAUUUCAGAGGCAGUUUUCAAUGGAAUGCAAUUACCGACUAAUGUCGGUUGUAGUUCAUCGAGGAGACGCAUACUCCGGUCACUUUGUGACGUACCGUCGAAUACCAACGGCUUUAAAUGAAGUGCCUAGUAACAAGUGGUUGUUCACGUCCGAUUCCACAGUCAGGAAAGUGGCAUUGCAGGAAGUGAUGUCAUCUCCAGUCUAUAUGCUGUAUUAUGAAAAGAUACAUAGCAGAUGAGUGCAUUGUGGGUACUUAUUGUGACACUAGAGGGUGCUGUUUAGAUAAUCGAUACUAGUACAUAAAUCAAGGAUGUGUGUCCGCAGUGCUAGCUUAUGGUUACCACCCAUAUCACCUUGCUCUCAAUGGCCUUCCAAUCAUUUUGUCGAAAAUUCUAUUGAAUUUAAAUAUGCCUUUAGAACAAAUAAUUGAUAUUGAUGAAGUAAAUUUAUGAAUUACAAAAGAAAUGUUUUUUUUAAUCUUGCAUGGGUCAGUUUUUGAUGGUUGUAUCAAACUAAUCGAUUCUAUUUUUGUAAUUUUAAGUAUAAAUGAACGUAAGUGAAAUGAAGCUAUGGAAGUAAAUGUAUAUUUAGUUGUUGGUGACAUCAAAUAUACUAUGAAAAAAUAUGUCAUGCAACUGUGGCAAAGGUCAGUGGAAAAUAUGAUUAAAAUGUCAUG